AUGAACGUCGGAGGCGACUUGUCGAUGCACACCAUGGCGGUUCAUGCUCCUGAUAGCUCCAAUCACUUCCAUCGCCAAACCAGCAGCAUCGGCGCGAAUUCGACGCGCCGAGGCCGUCGGCAGCGUUCGUCCACGAACGGGUCGGACUCGUCCAGCGCAACGCAGUCGUCUUGUGCCGAUGCGUAUGUCGAAGGCAUGUACGACUAUAAACCUGUGUUCCAAUUCAACCUGACCGCCAUGGUGCGCGCGCUGACCGAAAGCGUGGGCAACAACAAUCUCCGGUCGCCGCAGCCGACCCUGACCCCAUCUCCGUCCAUUAAAUCCAUGGCAUCUCCAUCCAUGAAACUCAUCACGACUCCGUCCAUGAGCUUCCACAGUGGCCGAAAGGUGCGGCUCUCCGACCAACAUCGGACCAAAGGCCAGGAGGUUGGUGGCCACAAGCGCGACAAAAAGUACACCGGCGUGAAUCGCGUCGAUAUGGCGUAG